AUGUCUGCUGUUUCUGUCUCUACCAACACCCUCCCAUCAAAUGUGCCCAAGCUGGACCCAAAGGGAACCAACUGGGUCAUCUUCUCAAUCCGCUUCAAGGAUGCUAUCACCACAAAGAAGAAGUGGGGCCAUUUUGAUGGCACUGCUCCCUGCCCCUCAUUCACAGUUGCUACGGGUGCAACCUUAUCCGAGAAGCAACUCACCACGAUUCAGACUUGGAAUGAUGAUGAAGCAUCUGCCAAGUAUCUUCUCUCACAACGACUCCCUGACUCAACUGUUAUUCGUACCAACAAGAUUGCUAUGAUAGCCACACACUGGGCCUCCAUUGUUACUGACUACACUGCAAAGAGUGCAUUUGCUCAGACCGCACUUCGCAAAGAGUUCCUCGACCUGUGCAUGCCUCGUUCUGGCGAUGUCGACACCUUCUUCAAAGAUCUAGCUGCAAAGAAGGAGAAGCUUGCGACAUGCGGAUCCUCGGCAGAGAAGAAAUUUGAUAUUCAAGUCCUGAUGGACCUUGUGGUCGAGGAGUAUGAGCAUCUCACGCGUGAACAAGGGGCAAACACUGGUGGCAGUAACAGCAGCUCGAAUGCAAAUGAUGUUGCCUUGUUAGUGAUGGGAGGCAGUGGAGAAAGAGGAAAGAGCAAGCGACCAUUUCAGGGCGCGUGCUGGAACUGCGGUGAGAAGGGUCACAUUUGGGACAAGUGUCCUAAGCUGAAGAAGACUGACGGCAGCUCAUCAAGCAAGUCUGGCUUGAAAACCACCGGGUCUGCAAAUGUGGCCGUCGACUAUGACUCCAACAGCGAUGGCUUCUGGAUAGCUGAAAGCAUGUCUGGUGCAUUGGAGGUAGAUGACGACGAAGGCCACGGUUCAAUGCUGAGUCUAUACUCAGUGUCAGGCAGUGAUGCCAGUGACAGCGUGCCUACAUUAGAUGAUGAUGAAGGGGGCUGGUUCUCGGAGAUGGAGGAAGAUGAGGGCGGAGAGUUCGAGGCAUGGGCUGGAGAUAUGUGUCCGGAAGUGUAUGGUGAUGUUGCGCGGGACCUGGCCAGUUCCAUCAGCGGCGUCAACCCCGACUCAGUGCAUAAUGACACCUCUGUCACCAACAUGACUGACGAGCCAGAGUUAUCUGCUGCUGUUUUUCCAGGUGUCAAUAGUGCAGCCUACAGCAGGCAUUGCCACGCUAUCUUUGAUUCCGGUGCCACGUGA